AUGGCGUGGCUGUCAGCUGAACAGGGAGAGGCCAAGGAGAUGACACCACAAGCAGUGCUUGACGCGCAUGAGCGUAGUGACGGCGCUUAUACCGAAGGGUUGGACGCCCUGACUUCAGUCUCCCAUGUUCAGCUCGACCAUGUCCUGAAAUGUGCGCCUCCCAGCCUAUUCAUGUUGGGCACGCCUGCACCGGUGACAGUAUCAACCUCCUUUCCUUGUGCACCUGCCUGGGAGCUCUCGACUCAGUCUGAGGUCCCUGAGACAGACCCUUUGUGUUCCUCCCCUAGCAAUGGAACCAUGGUCUCAUCGUGGGAUCACCUGGCUCUCUGGGGCACUAUCACGGAGGGUGAUACCGACCUUCUGAACAUGCUCCGGCACCCAGCAGCGGCAUCUUCCCCAGAACAACAAGCAACGAGCAACCAAGAUCUCUCGCGUCCGGAAAGAGGUAGCAAGCCGUCGCCUUCGGACUCAGGCUGGACGCCACAAGAUGUGAUUCACGAUCCUACGUCAAGCGUGCCACAGAUGAUCCUUACCGUGGAGAACCCGGAAUCGGAAACUAUGGCCAAGAUACUUGAGAUUUUGAUCCAGGCUAAGAUCAAAGCGACAACCUCCAUCACUCCCAAGCUGAUAAGUGAUAAGAUGCUUAUUCAUCAGCUACAAGUUUCGAGGUCGAGUGGAUGA